CAUAAUAGGGCAGGAGAAAGAAAAAUAAGGAGAAGAAGAAAAAUAGAAGAACUGCCAUAACACCUGAAAGGGUUCAUGCAAUAGACAUAACGGUGGUGUUGGAAUUAAAGGAUUUAUUAUUUGACAUCACAACCAGACCCACUGAGGCUCUUCCGUACGUCGCGUUGAAACCUUCUGCCUCGCUAUGCAACAACUUGGUACCGACGGGUCGGACCACAGACCCAGGUGAUGACUCUCUUCUCUCCCAGUCCUUGAAAUCUGCAGCACAACUCGUGUGAGCUGACCGCACCAACAACCUCUUUACAAGUACUAAGAUGGACAUUUAAUUUUUUUCAAAGAGCGAAAUGACCGUCACAGUCUUUUAGUGGAAACUGAUGAGGAAUGCUGGAAAAUUAUGGAAGAUUAAAUGCAACCAAUCGAUUUUCUUUUUUCUUGUAAAUUUGAUCUUUUAAAUCAUAAUUAAUAGAUUUUUUUAAGCAACUUUCCCUAGGGGAUCAAUAGUCUAUUCUGAUUCCGAUUGGGUUAGCAGCACCUGAGACAACCAAUCUCAAAGGAUGACCAGCCUGUUCAGGCGGAGCAACAGCAACAAAGGCUCUGAAAGCAGAGGAGGUAGAGAUGGUGGCGGCACUACUAGUGGGCAGCUCAACAACAGCAGGCCGAAUCGGCCAGUCAGGCACCUGGAGUUCAAUCAGGCCAUGGAAGACUUCAAGACCAUGUUUCCCUCCAUGGACUACGAGGUGAUUGAGUGUGUUCUGCGUUCCAACAAAGGAGCUGUGGACGCCACUAUCGACCAGCUACUUCAAAUGAGCAUUGAAGGACAUCACUCAGAUGACACCUCGGACUCGGAUGACAGCAUCCCAGCAGAGAUUCUGGAGCAGACCCAGGAACCCGACAGCUCAGAUGAAGAACCUCCUCCAGUUUACUCUCCACCAAAAUCCAACAUGUACUCUGACUGGAAGCACCCAGAGACACACAAAUUGUCUCCUCCACAAUCGGAGACCCAUAUGCCAGCAGACGACCAGCAAGUUCGAAUCUACAGGAACUGGAACCCCCCUCUGCUCGGAAACCUUCCAGAGGACUUUUUGAGGAUUUGGCCUCGGCAAUUAAACAGUGUGGAGCAGUACUCACAAAGCAGCCCAUCUCAGCCCUCCUCGAGCUCCGCAGUGUCUGUGUCCUCAACAAAUCAAAGGACGGCUCAGGCCGGUUCUGUGUUUGGAGCUUCUUUGACUGCUGAGGGUCCUAAUAUGAUAACGGGAUUACAAGAGAACACACUGAUGCAGUAUUUGGAAGACGAGCGCAUAGCCCUGUUUCUGCAGAAUGAGGAGUUUUUGAAAGAGCUGAAGCGUAACCAUGAGUUCCUCAUUGCCUUAGAGAGAGAUGGGUUGAAGUAUGGAUCAAAGUCCAGCCAUUUAUCAAGCCUGGACACUUCCACAGGGGAGAGGUACUCGGCAGAUUCGCAGGAGCCUCCCUCAGAUGACGCACUAUUCAGAGACAAACUCAAGCACAUGGGUAAAUCAACAAGAAAGAAGCUCUUUGAAAUUGCCAGAACAUUUUCUGAAAGGACGAAGAGGAGAAAGUCUAAAAGAAAGACUCUCACGCAUUUAUAUCCUUCCUGUGACAUCACAUGGUGGAAACGGCUCAGCAUGAGGCAGAGCGAGACGAAGAGACGCUGUAGGGAAAAUAAAACCUCCGACAUCUUCAACAGAUACCAGGCGAAGACAGAUUGGGUACAGCCGACUCUACAGCAAAUCUCCUUGAAGAUAUCGAGGCAAACCCCAGUGAGGAAGAUGGUAAGCCAAGAAGAGRUAUCCUUCAGGAAGACAAACAACUUGACAAGCCAAUAUGAUGUUUUCCCAAGUGUCUGGAUAGACAAAGUCAACGGGUGAAGUGACGGAUCUGUCCGCUGUCAGCGGUGAAUACCUUCAACUUCUUCAAGCCCUGUUCUUGUUACAGUUAGGGUGAUGCUGGGUACAACCGUAAUCUGUUAGCUCUGUAUUUGACACAGGAUUAUAAUCAUGUAUUACUUUGAGAAUUCAAUGUCUUUUUUUUAAGUGGUUCUGAUCAAUGCUAGAUCAACAUUAAACAAGACACUUUUUAAACACUUUCUGAGAGUUGGACUGAGAAGUAUAGCUCAUUAUUUAGCUCUUCUCAAAUAAUGCAAAGGGCGCCCCCUGGCUUCCAGUGUCAUAAGGUCUUGUCUAAUUUUUACGAAAGUUUUCAACUGAAAUGACUGAAAAUAAAAUUUCUUAACUUGA